AUGGCGCCAAAGCCAUCAGCCUUGGUCGCAACCAUGAGCGCAAGGUCAUCUUCCCGUCGCUAUCAACCUCCAGGUCGUCAAACUUCCGUGGAAGAAAUCAGUGACAGGGGACUCAGGGCGGAGAGGGAAGAAUGGCGUCGAGAAUCACCCGGACAGUAUCAGGCGUUUUCAAAUCGGGAGGCCUAUGAGAGAUGGGUUGAUGAUGGUAGGCCGACAAUGGAGGCACAGUACAACGAGUGGAGAUCGGAGUAUGACCCUGUCUAUAUUCGCCAGAGUGAACCGAAUCCGUCAGUUUCACGAGAAAUGCCUGCCCAAGAGAGACAUCAAUCCAACCCAAGAGUCGAUCGAUGGGAAAACCAAAGAUCACGAGAUCCCCCAGCUCGUUCACAGACUUCCAUGGCCUUUCAACAUAAUGUCAAUGGGGCUUCACGACCUUAUAUCCCACCUCAGAGACGGAAUCCUGUAUCGACCCCGAAUUACACUUCUCUGCACUCCUCACAUUAUCUCAAUCCUCGUUCUGGUCCUUCAAACUUUCCUCCUCCCACAUCACUUCCACUUCAACCUUGGCCUUCAACUCGACUUACCUCCACCCGAGAAACAAACCCCGGAUCUCAAUCCCCACGUCGGCAUUGGUCUUCAACUCCGCCUCCCUUCAAUCCCGAGCUACCUCCCCCAGAUUACCUCGAGCUCUCAUCCAAAGCCGCUUUGAAGAAAUCCUUCGUCAUUCCCAAAGUGCUUGUACUUGAUCUCAAUGGUGCUUUGGUGUAUCGAACCCCGACCAAUAGAAAAAAAGGUCAUCCACGACCUUACCUCUCAAACUUCCUCUCUUACCUUUUUGAGCCCGAUCCAAUCCCCGAUGACACCGAGCAUGACGGAGACGGACUCUUACCCGUUCGUCCUUGGGAAGUCUUCGUAUGGUCUUCUGCUCAACCUCACAACGUGCGCGGUAUGGUCACAGAGGCAUUUGGGAAGAAGUGGUCCCGUGGCGUAUGGGGUUGGGAUUUAGAGGGCGGAAAGGAACAAGAGCGUCGAUUUGUCGCGGGGGAAGGUCGCCUUUUGGAUGUUUGGGCUCGUGAUAAAAUGGGGUUAACUGAUGUAGAGUACAGACGACGAGUACAGACUUUCAAAGAUCUACGUAAAGUCUGUCAACACUUAGCACCGAAUGGUAUCAUACCUGCUGAGAAGGUCGACGUUCCGUUCCCUCUGGACGAACGUAAUAUCGUUUUACUCGAUGACUCCCCUCUAAAAGCUAUGUACCAACCGUGGAAUCAGAUCAACAUACCCGAAUACGACAAAGCCAGAUAUACAGCCUCGAAUACUUCUGCGAAAGAUAUAGACGCCAUAACACCCUCGACUCAUAAAGCACCGGGGAAUGAGAUGGAUGAGAUCCUUCUUGGGGUCAUUGGAAUACUCGACGAAAUGAGAAGGAUUGAUAAUGUACCGGCUUGGAUCCGACAUGGAGGUGUCUCUCUCGAUUCGUCUCCGGUCGACGAACCUACCAUCGACACCCUUCCUUCCCACGCAAACUUCUCGCAUUGGUAUCAACGACCAGAGGUAUUGGCUCAUUGGAUCGAGAAAGGUCGCGCCGCACUUGAGAGAAAGGGUAUCAAAAUUCAUCACGGUCUCGUAGUCGAAUGUGCCUCUACUGCUGCCAAUCUCCUACCGGAUCCCGCUACCGUACCUUGGACUCUUAGACAAACUCGGGCCUACUCGCCAUCGCAGCCACAAGAGAUCAUAUAUGUCGCGAGUUCCUCAUCACCACCUCCCGAGGACGAAGUGGCUUCUCCGCCCCGAUAUUUGGACCCUGAAGAAGCUCGACAAGAUGGUGAUGUACCGCAUGUGGAAGAUGGAUCAAGAGGGGGAAGUGUAGAUCGAUGGCGUACGUUCUCUCCCACCGAGGUGUCGCUUUAUCUUCGAAAUCUCGCUGAUCGUUGUUCAUUACAGAAAUCUCAAAUCUCUCGGUUGAGAAGCACGAGUGAUAUGCUUCGAGAUCUCGAAGAGCGAUUGGGCGACUCGAAUGUGUGGAAUAAGGUCAAAAUGCCUUCAAAUCAAAGAGGUCAUGAAGAUCAGCCUCUCGCAAGUGUCUUGAAGACUGUUGUCAAAGGAUCAUCCAAGAAGCAGAAGAAACAACCGAUAAUUCCCACCGCCAUGACAUCCUUCAAAAGUGAACUCAAACGAAUCGGCAGGUUGUUGAGGGAAUCACAUGAUUCCGAGUCCAAGAUCCAGAUUCCGGGUUCAGCUCGUAAAUCCGGUACGUUACCUGAACCUUCCAAAAGGGGUCAAAGAGAUAGUGGCGGAUCUGCGGUCGGGGAACUCCAAUCGAAUGUAAAUCAGUCAAAGAGGUCUCAAGAAGGGAGGAGAAAGGAGAAAGGGAAGAGGAAAGCGGAAAGUCAGAAGGAUAAUGCGGGUGUUAGGGAAGUAUCUGAGGGAGAGAGGAGAUCAAAGAGGGUCAAGAGCUCUUGAUUGUAUCAUUCUAUGUCCACAGUUCCUUCAUUUGUGACCCUUCACCAUCUACCUUGAUAGCUGUUUGACGGUCCGCAGCAACCACCAGACUCAUCUCUCUUUUUGUUUUUCUUGUCGAUUGAGGAACAUCCACGCUUUGAUCAUCUAACAAACAUCUCCGUCGUCUCUCUCUUCUCCUGAUGGAGCAAAAAUCUAGAUUUCCAGAUACAUCACGUUACAUAACAUCAAUUUCAUCCUUUUAAAUCUGAGCUCCAUGUCGAUUGAUGUAGAUACUAUGCAUAUUCAUAUCUUCUUC